UUCCUGCCCACAGUAAGCUGGCCAAAUCUCUCUCCCUCUCCCUGUAUUUCACUUUCUGCCCUGCUUUUCCCAUUAAUGCUCCACUCCACUACCUCCACCACCCCCCAGCUGCCCUGUAUAAUUUCUAAUCAAACCCACAUCUCUUCUUUCCUCUCUCUUUCUCCCUGCCAUUCUGAUCCCUAUGUUGCAACUUGUCAAAACACCACAGUUGGUUUCAACAUCGAGAUACUCGUAACGUCCAACGAAUUACUCGUUUGACUAGGAUAAAAUGAGGCCGGUUUUCAACAUGGGAGGUUUAAAGUGGCUUGUGGCUUGACGUGUAGGAAUCUUUUGGAGUUUGGCUGGUCGUUAUCUCUUGUUUGACUAUUCUUAAUGAUCUCAGAAUUCCAUGUGAGAUCUGUUCUGGCAAAGCAAAUCUUGUCAGCUUAUUACAUCUGAUGUAACGCCAUCUUUCUGGAGCUGAGGAAAUGGGGGGUUGUGUUUCAACUAGUAGUCGAAGUACUUGCAGUAGCAGGAGCAAUGGAGAGACAGUCUCACCCUCUUGUUUUUGCGGGCAAAAGAGAACGAGGAGAACGUUCUCUGAUCAUGUUGUUGGCCUGCAGCAUUUACCAUCCAUACCAAGCCGGAUUUUUAUGAAUGGAAAGAGCCGUACGUCUUGCAUAUUCACGCAGCAGGGCCGCAAGGGUAUAAACCAGGAUGCCAUGAUUGUUUGGGAAGAUUUCAUCUCGGAAGAUGUGAUAUUUUGUGGUGUCUUUGAUGGACAUGGUCCGCAUGGCCAUCUUGUUGCACGCAAAGUGAGGGAUGCCCUGCCGGUAAAGCUAUUAUCAUUCUUGCAUUCUUGUCAGUCGAGACAGAAUGGGUCGAAUACAACUUGUUUCAAAGGGAAUCUCAAGAGAUCAGAUGCUGGAGAUUCAGAGAAGGAUUGCUCACCGGAGGAUAAAUUGAUUUCCACAUGGAGAGAAACUUUCUUAAAGUCAUACAAGGCUAUGGACAAAGAGCUGAGGUCUCAUCCAAAUUUGGACUGCUUUUGUAGUGGUAGCACUGCCGUAACUUUAGUGAAACAGGGGUCAAAUCUUUUUAUGGGAUAUAUUGGGGAUUCUCGAGCAAUUAUGGGAUCUAAGGACAGCAAUGAUUCCUUGGUGGCAGUCCAGUUGACUGUUGAUUUAAAGCCUGAUUUACCAAGGGAGGCAGAAAGGAUUAAACGGUGCAAGGGUAGGGUCUUUGCUUUGCAAGAUGAACCUGAAGUGCCUAGGGUAUGGUUGCCAUUUGAUGAUGCACCUGGAUUAGCAAUGGCCCGAGCAUUUGGGGAUUUCUGUUUGAAGGAAUAUGGGGUGAUCUCUAUUCCUGAAUUCUCUCACCGGAUACUCACCGAGAGAGAUCAGUUCAUUGUUCUUGCUUCAGAUGGGGUAUGGGAUGUCUUGAGCAAUGAAGAGGUGGUUGAGAUAGUAUCGAUGGCUCCAACCCGGUCAUCAGCUGCAAGGAUCCUGGUGGACUCAGCUGCACGGGAAUGGAAACUAAAAUACCCAACUUCGAAGAUGGAUGACUGUGCAGUGGUUUGCUUAUUUUUGGAUGGGAAAAUGGAUGCUGAAUCUGAUUAUGAUGAGCAAAACUUUUCUUCUGCAACUCUGCAGAGCAAUCAUUCCGGCAAUGCCAUUGAAUCUGAUGAUGGGCAGAAGUCUGAGCCAUCUUUGCAAAGGAACUUCACAGUCAGAUCAUCAGAAGAAAAUGAUACCUAUGGACGACUACCUAUUGAGGUCGAAGGAAAUGAGGAAGCAGUAGCAGCUGAAGAUCAGAAUUGGUCAGGUUUGGAAGGGGUCACCCGAGUGAACUCGAUUGUACAACUUCCUAGAUUCUCUGAUGAGAGGCCAAACCCUGAAACUUUGUGAUUUCAGUUGAAGUGGAAUGGGGCUGGUUCUGUUGUAUUUUCUUGGUCUUUGCAACUUACAAAAUCCAAGAAAAUUUUCUGGGUUGGUGGCAUUGUGACCAAGGUUUGUGGAUGUAACAUUAAAAGCCGCAAUGUUUUGUUCUUUUGUAUUGCCAAAAAUUUAGUGGUCAUCACUUUCAUCAACGGAAAUGUGAAUCGGCAAUGCUCCAGUUUCUGUAAAAAUAAUAUCCAGUUUCAUGAAGAUAUUUAUAUAUGCGUUGUUGUAACA